AUGCAUUUUCAGAGUUUCCUUUCCUUCUCUUUUGCCGCUUUGGCCGGCACGGUUCUGGCUGCAGAGUACAAUGGCGGCGAGAUCCCCUCGUACCUAUAUCAAGGCCGCAACCGGAAUUUCCGCUCGUCGGUGGCAGGCUCCAGCUCUGUGGCCACCCCAGCAUCGUCGUCGGCAGCGAUGCGCUCUGAAUCCGCCAUGAUGGUGGUGACAGUUACUGUCACGCCAACCCCAACCCCGACAGCUUCCUCAUCUUCGCGGCCGUCACCGACCACUUUUGCCUUGCACAAAUCGUCGGGGCAUGGGUCUAGCCGUGCAGCCUCUUCCUCCCACCAUGUCUCUUCCCGUCACGCCUCUUCGACGAAACGGCACAGGGCAGUAGCCUCAUCAACGCCACUGGUAGGCAAGAUCGGCGUGCCGACGGACAGCCCGAGGACCGACAAGAGCGACGAACAGCAUCAGCCAUUUUGGAACACGCAAAAGAACAACAAGCCAGCCCCCGAGGCGCCGGACUUUGUCGAAGAUAAUGCGCCAGUCAACGACAAGGACGCUUGCUCGCUGCGUUGCCAGGACCUGGCGAACCAGUGCUUAGAGCUGCUCCCGGGGAAUGACGACUACUGCUGGUCGCAAUACCCGUCGUGCCAGGACCUGUGCGUCAAGGAGCACGUCGACUCGUGA